CUUCUAGAUAUAGUUUCUCUUCUUCUUAUAAACUUCGUAUACUCCAUUUUAAGGAAACGGGAGAGUACACGUAGUGUGUCAGAGGGUGAGAAUCCCAAUGAGGAUCUUACCCGAGCCUCUAGGUUCGGUUCCAUGCCUCAUUCUCCUCGUGUCGUCGGUUCUAUUUUCAGCGACUCUAUCCCUCGCUCGUGUCGUCGAAGUUGUUGGUUACGCCGAGAGCAAAAUCAAAAAUCCCCAUGCAUUCACAGGACUCCGAGUGACGAUUGAAUGUAAGGGGGAGAAAGGGCAUUUUGUUACAAAAGGUUCUGGAAACAUUGAUGAGGAAGGAAAGUUCGGUCUGAAAGUUCUUCCUCAUGACAUUAUCUCUGACGACGGAGCCUUAAAGGAGGAGUGUUAUGCCCAGCUUCACAGUGCGGCGGGAGCACCUUGUCCGGCUCACGACGGCCUUGAGUCAAACAAGAUCGUGUUUCUAUACACAUCCGGAGACAAACACGUUUUGGGCCUCAAACAAAACCUGAGGUUUACACCUGAACUUUGUGUUUCCAAAUUCUUUUGGCCUAUGCCUAAGUUCCCUCCUGUUAAGGGAUUUGAACAUCAUUUCCCUUUACCUCCACCGUUUCCUAAAUUCAAGAAACCUUGCCCACCUCCCCCUGAGGAGGUUCCACCACCACCAAAGGUAGAGCUUCCGCCACCUGUCCCGGUUCACGAUCCACCCCCGAAGGUGGAGCUUCCACCACCGGCUCCUAAGAAGCCUUGUCCUCCUAAAUCGCCGAAGAUAGAGCACCCACCUCCUGUUCCCGUUUACAAGCCGCCACCAAAGAUAGAGCAUUCACCUCCUAAGAAGCCAUGCCCACCGCCGGUUCACGUUCACAAGCCGCCACCGAAGAAGGCAUGCCCCCCAAAGAUCGAGCUUCCACCACCAGUCCCGAUCUACAAGCCGCCGCCGAAGAUAGAGCAUCCACCAAUCUACGUGCCACCGGUGGUGAUUCCGAAGAAGCCGUGUCCACCACUUCCAAAGUUUCCACAUCUUCCUCCUAAAUACAUUCACCAUCCCAAGUUCGGCAAAUGGCCUCCCUUGCCAACACACCCUUGAAACUUUAAACGUUUACUCGUAUAUUUUUUUUAAAAAUUAUUGCAUGCAUGUUUAAUAUUUUGGUUGCUUUUGUCUCAUUUAAUCUUUGUUUGCUUUAUCUCCGAUCGAGUUAUAUAUAUGUAGACUGUUUGCGUAACUAUUCCAGCAAUAAUAUGGUAAUGAUUCCUUUCUCUUUUA